AAGCUGCUGGUGUUUGGCGGCCGCGGCUUCGUCGGCAGCAACGUGUGCAAAGAGGCCGUGGGGACGGGUCUGAGCGUGUUGGGUGUCAGCCGGAGCGGUACUCCACCGCUGGUCCGGGAGCCGUGGGUGGACGCCGUGGAGUGGGUGCGGGGCAAUGCGUUGGAGCCGCAAACCUUCGCCCGCCAUCUGGAAGGCGCAGAUGCCGUUGUGUCGUGCAUCGGUGGUUUCGGGACGAAUGAGGAGAUGCUCAAGGUGAACGGCGCCGCCAACGUAUCGCUGAUUGAGGCGGCGCGGGCGGCGGGUGUCAAGCGCUUCGUCUUCAUCUCUGCGCACAUCCCCAACAUUCCGCUUAUCGAUGCCGUUCUUGGCGGCUACAUCCGCGGUAAGCAGGCCGCUGAGGAGUCCCUUCGCAUCCAAUUUCCCAGCACCGGUGUGGUGCUACGGCCAGGAGUCAUCUACGGCGACCGGGUGGUGUCGUCCAAUCUGACGGUGCCGCUGGGCUUGGCCUUCCGGCCCUUGGAGAUGAUGAUUGAGCGGCUGGGCGUUAAGCAAGCAAAGCAGCUGUCUGGGGUGCCGCUGGUGGGGGCUGCCUUUGUGCCGCCCGUCAACGUGGAGACGGUGGCACGGGUGGCUGUGAGGGCAGCAACUGACCCGUCAGUGCCGCCCGGCGUAAUUGACGUGUGGGAGCUGGCGGGUAAGGAGUAG